UGGGGGCAUGGAUUGGGGACGGACCGUAAGCGGAAACCGCUUCCUUGUCUGGUUUUCGGUUCCUAGUCCUCUGCUCUGGGCAUUAGCCUAGCAGCCAUGCAGCCCUAUAUGGUCAACAUCAAACUCUCGGCCCGGACCCUCACUGGGGCUCUCAACCCCCAGAAUAAGGGAGCGGCGGAUUGGGGCUGGCAAGGACUGAUUGCAUAUGGAUGUCAUUCUCUCAUUCUGGUGAUUGAUCCUAAAACUGCUCAGACUUUACAAGUUCUGGAGAGGCACAAGGCUAAUGUUGUCAAGGUUAAAUGGGCUAAGGAGAACUACCAUCACAACAUUGGAUCGCCUUAUUCUUUGCGCCUGGCUUCUGCUGAUGUCACUGGAAAGAUCAUUGUUUGGGAUGUAGCCACAGGAGCUGCUCGCUGUGAAAUCCAAGAGCACACAAAACCCAUCCAAGACAUGCAGUGGUUAUGGAGUCAGGAUGCUUCUCGAGAUCUGCUGCUUGCAGUUCACCCACCAAAUUACAUUGUGUUAUGGAAUGCAGAUACUGGCACCAAACUCUGGAAGAAAAGUUAUGCAGAAAACAUCCUUUCUUUUUCAUUUGAUCCUUUCGAUCCUUCAAAUUUAGCAUUGCUUACAAGUGAGGGAAUAGUGUUCAUUUCCGACUUCUCGCCUUCCAAGGCUCCUGUCAGUUCAGGGAAAAAGGUUUACAUUUCCAGUCCCCAUUCUAGUCCUGUUCAUAACAAAGUGGCAGCUGCAACAGGAGCUAAAAAGGCCUUAGACAAAGUUAAAAUUCUCAUCACUAAUGAAAAACCAAGUGCUGAAUCAGUAACAUUGAAUGACUGCCUUCAGCUAUCCUACCUGCCUUCCAAACGAAACUACAUGUUGUUACUCUACCCAAGAGAAAUCUUGAUUCUUGACCUUGAAGUAAACCAGACAGUAGGUGUCAUAGCAAUUGAGAGAACAGGAGUGCCAUUUCUACAGGUAAUUCCUUGUUUUCAACGUGAUGGGUUGUUCUGCCUUCAUGAAAAUGGUUGCAUAACUUUGAGAAUUCGUAGACAUGCCAAUAGUUUAAGUGUUACACCAAAUGAAGAUCCAGACCCUGACCACAUUCAGGAGCUGGUUUAUGACUUACGAAGUCAGUGUGAUGCCAUCAGGGUUACCAAGACUGUUCGCCCAUUCAGUAUGGUGUGCUGUCCAGUGAAUGAAAAUUCUGCAGCUCUUAUAGUCAGUGAUGGCAGAGUAAUGAUAUGGGAACUGAAGUCUACCAUUUCAGGCCGAAGUCUUCAUGCUAGCAAUUCAAGCGCAUCACCUUUGUAUUCACCCAUCUCAUUCUGUGGAAUUCCUGUUGCAGCAUCUCAAAAUAAGCUUCCAGAACUGUCAUUAGAUAAUAUGAUAGGAGAAGGCACACUUUCUACAGAAGAGCAGUUACGAAGUUUCUCUUUGCAGGAAGUACAUCUAAAGUUCCUGUUAACAGGACUUCUUUCAGGACUUCCUUUGCCUCCAUUUGCUAUCCGCAUGUGUCCGCCUCUUACUACAAAAAACAUAAAGCAGUAUGAGCCCCUCCUUGCUGUUGGAACAAGCAAUGGCUCAGUCUUGGUAUAUAACCUCACAAGUGGACUUCUCCAUAAAGAGUUGAGCAUUCAUUCCUGUGAAGUCAAGGGCAUUGAGUGGACCAGUUUGAGUGGUUUCCUUUCCUUUGCUACAUCCACACCUAAUAAUCUGGGGCUAGUGAGAAAUGAGCUACAGCUGAUUGAUCUGCCCACAGGCAGAAGCAUUGCAUUUCGUGGAGAACGAGGUAGCGAUGAACCAGCCAUUGAAAUGAUCAAGGUGUCUCACUUGAAACAGUAUUUGGCAGUUGUAUUUAAAGACAAGCCUUUGGAACUAUGGGACAUCAGAACUUGUACUCUUCUGAGAGAAAUGUCAAAAAACUUUCCUACAAUUACUGCUUUGGAAUGGUCACCUUCUCAUAACCUUAAGAGCUUAAGAAAGAAACAGCUUGCUGCCCGUGAAGCUAUGGCACGGCAAACAGUGGUGUCAGAUACAGAACAGAGCAGUUUGGAAUCUUCAGUGAUCAGUUUGUUGCAGGAAGCUGAGAGUAAAUCUGAACUAAGUCAGAAUAUUUCUGCUCGGGAGCACUUUGUGUUUACAGAUACUGAUGGGCAAGUUUAUCACUUGACAGUGGAGGGAAAUUCUGUCAAAGACAGUGCAAGAAUUCCUCCUGAUGGAAGUAUGGGAAGUAUUACAUGCAUCGCUUGGAAAGGAGAUAUUUUGGUCCUAGGAGAUGUUGAUGGAAAUUUGAAUUUCUGGGAUUUGAAAGCCCGAGUUUCCAGGGGAAUCCCAACACACCGAGGCUGGGUGAGGAAGAUACGCUUUGCCCCUGGGAAAGGAAACCAAAAACUCAUAGCAAUGUACAAUGAUGGGGCUGAAGUUUGGGAUACUAAGGAGGCUGGGGUUUGCUUUAAGGUACAGAUGGUAAGCAGUUUAAGAAGUGGAAGAAACGUCAACUUCCGAGUACUUGAUGUUGAUUGGUGUACCUCAGAUAAAGUAAUCUUAGCAUCAGAUGAUGGAUGUAUCAGAGUGCUAGAGAUGACAAUGAAAUCUGCAUGUUUUAGAAUGGAUGAGCAAGAGCUGUCAGAACCUGUGUGGUGUCCAUAUCUCCUCAUUCCAAGAGCCUCUUUAAUUUUAAAAGCAUUUUUGCUACACCAACCUUGGAAUAAUAAAUAUUCUCUGGAUAUUUCAGACAUAAAUUAUCCAGAGAAUGAAAAUGUUAAAAAUUUGCUACAAGACCAAUUGCACUCAUUAUCCAAUGACAUCAAGAAGCUUUUACUUGAUCCAGAGUUCACUCUUUUGCAGCGAUGCCUAUUGGUUCCAAGGCUAUAUGGUGAUGAAUCUGAGCUGCAUUUCUGGACUGCUGCUGCCCAUUAUUUGCAUACCUUUUCCCAGGGGAAGACAUUAACUGAAAAAACAGAAAACAUUUCUCAAGAAAAAUGGAUCAGUCCACUAGAUAUAUGUUAUGAUACACUGUGUGAAAACUCGUAUUUCCAGAAAUUCCAGCUUGAAAGGGUCAAUCUUCAGGAAGUUAAAAGAUCAAAUUAUGAUCACACCAGGAAAUGCACAGACCAGCUGCUGCUUCUGGGCCAGACCGAUAGAGCUGUGCAAUUGCUCUUGGAGACAAGUGCUGAAAAUCCUUAUUACUACUGUGAUUCACUCAAAGCAUGCCUGGUUACUACAGUGACUUCCUCAGGCCCUUCCCAAAGCACCAUCAAAUUGGUAGCAACCAACAUGAUUGCAAAUGGAAAGCUGGCAGAAGGUGUCCAGUUACUGUGUUUAAUAGAUAAAGCUGCUGAUGCGUGUCGUUAUCUGCAAACCUAUGGUGAAUGGAAUCGAGCAGCAUGGCUUGCAAAAGUUCGUCUGAAUGCAGAGGAAUGUGCUGAUGUUAUGAAGCGUUGGGUUGAUCACCUCUGUUCUCCACAAAUCAACCAGAAAUCCAAGGCCAUCCUCGUCCUCCUCUCCUUAGGAUGUUUCAUGAGAGUUGCAGAGAUGUUACACAGCAUGAGGUAUUUUGAUCGGGCUGCCUUGUUUGUUGAAGCUUGCCUCAAGUAUGACACAAUUGAAGUUAAUGAAGAUGCAAGAAAAUUGAUCCAUGCAGUAUAUUCAGAUUAUGCCAGAAGCCUGAAGACUCUAGGGUUUAAGCAGGCUGCUGCUUUGUUUGCAGCUAAAGCAGGACCAGCUGGUAAAGAUUUACUAGAUGAACUUGACCAAUUGAAAGAAGAAGUACUUAAAGAGUGAUUAACUCUAAGUGAACCCCUACAGAAAUGAAGCUUCACAUCUGAUGGAGUUAUUGGGGCAGUAAUUCUUUGUAGAUAAUUUCUAUAAAUGGACCAGUUCUUUUGACAAAAUAAUACAUCCUUGGUUACAGUAGAAAUUAUAAAUGAAGACUGUCAUGUAUCAACAGUUUUCUUUCAAAAUUAAUAGAGAUAAAUUAUACUUCUGAUUAAUCAAAAUUCAGAAACUGUGCCUAUUAAUGUUUCUAGCUGCUGAAGCUCUCUUUCAAUAAAUGGUGAAAGUCCCAAAGCUAGGGACAGACUGUACAUCAGUGUUGGGGCAGUGCAGUCUUUGCACCACAUUCCCCCACCAAACCUUUUUCUAGUUCCCAAAGUAUUCCCCUUUAAAAACUAUCACACCAAAAUUCCUCCUCAAAUAACCAAUACUGCCAGAAAUCACAGAAUGGUUUGGUUGAAUUUUGUCCCCUGCAGUUUCCUUCCAAAUCCAAAAGAAAUCAAAGAAACAAAAAAUAAUGAGGUCACAGUGUCCCUUUUGCCUAUGGAAGCAUCCUUUGGAGAGCUUUGCGUGCAUCCUGUGGUGGGGUUAGCAUCAAGGAUCCUGGAUAAAAAGCUAAAAAAUUAACCAGUUUCCUGAUGCCUUAAAAACUAGCUUUUGAAGAGUUUUUGCCACUUCGUUUUUAUGUCCAGGAGUUAGGCAAGAGAUAUAGGUGAAUGUGCUUUUCAGUAACAAGGCCAUUAUAAGAUCACUGGUGGAUCAGGCCAAAGGCCUCUCUAGCUAAGCAUCCUGUUUCUGACAGUAUUGAACAAGAUAGCUGAUAAAUGACCCAAAAGGGGUUACAAGGGCAAUAACCCUCCUCUGCUGUUAUCCAGCAACAGAUCUUAAGAAGCAUGAUGCUUCUAAUUCUUGAGGUACUAUAUAUCAUGACCAGAAGCCAUUGCUAGUGCUUCCUGUCAUAAAUUUGUCAUGUCACCUUUUCCAGUCACCAAAAUUGGUAAACAUAAUGAACAUGCAACAAAACUAUACAAUUGGUAUAGCUUGGCUCUUCUUUUUACUCUGGAGUAUGCUGCUCUCUUGAUUAUUUUAAAUGAAACUGGUUAAGUUUUCAAUAGUUGUGUAAUAGAUAUAUACUGCUACAAGCUCUAGCACAAGAAUUAAUUAUUUGCUCUUUUCUCUGUAUACUGUAUAUUAUGUGUGUUUUAACAGUGCGCUUAGGAAGUACACUGUAAUCAGAACCAGGCUGGUUUUCUUGUGAGAUUUACCUCUGUCUAAUUCUACCAUGUCCGGUUGCAAUCCAAAUGAGUACAUGUUUAUUGUUAAUAAAGUUUUAAUGUGUAUUUGUACAUGUUACACACAUUUACUGCAGAAAUAUCAGAUCAGAUUAAAGUACUUUGUGAGUUAUAA